GCCCCACGGCCCCAGGGUGCUGCGCACCCUUCCUCGGAGCGCGGGCAAGGCCGGUGGGGCCCCUCUCCCGGACAGACCGGAGCCGUCUGUGCGUUUACAUAUGGGGAGGGCGGGAAGAGCCUCCGUCAGUAGAAAUUAAAGACCGGAGCCUGGUACUCAGCGCCGAAGCGCCCCGGUGCCUGCGCGCCGCCCGGGGACGGGGUGGGGGCUCGCGGUCCAGCUGCGCCCAUUGGCCGCCGCUCCGGGGUCCCAGCCAAUCCGGCGCGAGGGUCGUGCUGCUCCUGGGAGGAGGGGACCCCAGGCCUCAGCACCAGGCCACCUCGGAGCGGGACAGCCGCUGAUCCGCCACGCGAGGACCUCAGCCGGGGCUGCCGCCUCUGUGGAUGUUGAACGUCGAAAACCAGAAGCCCCCCAAGGGGAAAUGGACCACGCCGCCCUUCGACCCCCGCUUCCCCAACCAGAACCAAACCCGUAACUGCUACCAGAACUUCCUGGACUACCACCGCUGCAUGAAGGCGAUGAACCGCCGCGGCAAGAGCACGCAGCCCUGCGAGUACUAUUUCCGCGUGUACCGCUCGCUGUGCCCCAUUAGCUGGGUGCAGCGCUGGAACCAGCAGAUCCAGGACGGGACCUUUGCAGGCAAAAUCUGACCGCCUAGCGCGGUGCCUCCUCCGAGGAAGGCGGCCCGGUGAUCGCCAUCUCCUCGGCUCCUGGAGUCCCGUCCUGGGCCACCACCUUUACCCAGUCUCUAGGCACAAAUAAAGCCAUGUGGUUGCCUGUG